UUUUCCAAAAUACCUGGGCGUAUGUGUUAUCGCUUAAAAUAUUUAGUACCAUCCAGCAUCCUAGAUGAAGGGUAAUAUUGAUAUGCUACUUAUUUAAUAUUAUGAUUAUUACCACUUUUUUAAAAUCAAAAUAUGGCAUAUUAAGUGUUUUGGCACCAGUGGUGCUAUUUCUUUAUCAUUUAGUUGGUAUUAUCCUAUUCCAUAUAAAACUUUUUGGUGUGAAUUAAAAUUGUCUAAUGAUGGGAAUUACAACCUAAUUUGUGAUAUGAACUGUAGUAAAACUAAGUAUAGCUGUAAGGGGGUCUCAUUUUUAUCACUGCUAAUAAAACUUUGAAAAAUUAAAUGUAUGGUUUACAAAUCUUUUGCCUGAUGGAUAAAUUUAAUUUUUCUUCUGAAAACCAGAUACGUUUUUUUGGGAUUCAGCAAAUCUGGCCACUUUGUAAUAUCAUACUCCCUUCAGAUUGAUGCUGAUGACCAUUCUGCAUAUCCUGAUCAUGUAUACAGGUUGCAGUGGUGGCUGUUCAUACCCUGUAAAAGACUGCAACUGGUAAGCAAUACUAUUUAAUCAGACAUAAUCUAUUGAAAAAAAAAUUGUAUUUGGCAUACUGAACAUUUUUAAAUAAGUGAAAUGGUUGCAUGUAUUUUAUUAAUUGGAAAAAAAUAUAUAAUUUAUGAGUACCAUGUUAUAAGCUCAUAAAUAUUGAUAAUAUGUUUAAUAUGGGUAAUAGCAUGAAGUAUAUUUAUUUAGAUUCUCUAAAUCUAAGGAGACACUGAAAAACAUUAUUGAUUUUUACUGAUGGUUUUUUACUAGGAUAAAAAAACUUGUAACUCAAGGAUUUUAUAAAAAUACAAUAACAAUUGUUUUAUAUCACUUCCUUUCUAAAAAAAAAUUGCAAGUGAAAGUGCAAUGGUGCAGUAUAAUGCUACCAUAUAGUGCUUAUUAUUGGAAUCCCCAAAAGUCUUCAUGCUUUUUUGCAAACAAGUGUUUGGUCUUGCCUUUCUUAUUUUAUGAAUGUCUAAGAGAUAUGAUCUUAAUUUCAUUUUAAACUAAUUAAAAAAAAAUUAAAUUAAAAUAUUAAACCUAAUAAUAUUUAAGGGGAACAGCAAGAUAUACUACUGUAUUGCAAGAUGCUCACUUUUCUUUAAUUAUUUUAUUCAAUCGUUUGUCCCAUCUUUAAUAAGACACUGUCUAUUUUCUAUAAUAGAUCCAACUAAGAAAACUAUACAAAUGUACAAUUUUUAUUACCAGUUAUUUUUUUGUUACAAUCUAGAUAUCUGAAGUUCGUUUAUUUGGCGAAGACAAUAUUUUCCAUUCAUUAUUUAUUGCCUACUGUGAAUGGCCAGAGGACAGGACUAAGAUUGCCAUAUAUGGCCACAGGUUGGAAGAUUGAAAAGUGACUGUAUUAUUUUCUUAAGCAUUAACUUGAGGAGCUAUUUUAAAAAUUGAUUAAAAAACUAUUAAAAUAAUCAUAAAGGAUGUACAUUUUGUUUGCACCAGCAUAAAAAAAGUUAAGAUGAAUUUGUCAGUGGAUGAAAGAAUUGCAUUCAUCAUUAUUACAACAGUCCAUUAUAAAAAGAAAAUGAAUAAUUUCCACAAUUAUGUUCAACAGUACAGCUCCAGCUGGUGAGGAUGGUUGUCAGUGUUAUCUUACUGUGACUGCAGUUCCAUCUCUAGGAGAAUGUCAUGACUGUCAUAUGAUUUACCAUGGUAUGUAGAAUAUUCAUAACACUUAAAGGUUAUAAAGACAGGUUGUUGAAUGUUUCUUGUUGCAAAAGAAGACACUGAAGUAACUAUAAUGCUUUCUUUUGGUUUCUGACUUGGUGGGAAAAAAAAUUUGUAACUUUCAAUCAUGUUACAGCUUUUCGGCGCUUAUCCCUCUGUUCCCUUAUGUUCUACUCCUGCUGUAAAUACCACACCAUUUUCAACGUUGCCUGGUGAAGGUAAUUCUUCUUGUUAAGGAGUUAAAAAGAGUUGUAAAUUGACAAAAUGCUAAAUGCUAAUUACGCAUUGUUUUGCACGCCACAUUAUUUAUUGUGUAGUGAAGUCAUGUUUAUUAAUUCUAUUUAUAAACAGGAAAUUCAGGCUCUUUGUUGGGGUUUGGUGCAUAUGGGGGGUGUGGGCUUGAUUUUUUAUGCUAAUUUAGAUUAAAUACCUGUUGUGCUUUAUUUGACAGUUAAUCAAAACUUAAUGGUUUGCCUUUCUAGAUCGCUUCAAACUGCAUGUACUUAGACUGUUAGUGUUGAAAGGAAUGAUUUAAAUGCAGAAAUAGGUGCAGAAGUAGAUAAUGGAAAUGACAGUAAUGUUGAUAUUGAAUUAGUUCAAUAUUUUGAAAUCUCAGAUGGGUCAGAAGACCAAAAUGAUGUUGAUAGAUCUGACUGGUCCAAACAAUAUUAUUCAAUUAAUAUGAAGAAUUUAGGAUGCAACUGGUCCUAAUUUAGACUCAUUUUCAUUAAAAUUUCACCUUCUUUCUACAAUUAUCAGUAAUUUUUUUUUAUGACUGGAUGAUAAAAAUAUUAAAUUUUUAAAGUCUGCAACUGAUGGACAAAAUAGGGUUAUUUCCCUUUGCUUGGUACUGAAAGUAAUUUCUUAAUGGUCACUUCACUACUAAUUGGGCUAAAUUAUUAUUUUAUGAAGCUUGGGAAUAGACAAAAUUAGCAAUUUAACAACAGAGUUAAAAACAAAAAAAGGAGACGUAAGUUAUUGCUUUUGAGGCUGCAGGCAAACUUUUGUAUAAAAAAAACCCCUUAAAUUUGCAAUUUGUACUUCAAUGCAGCAGUGUAGUACAAACAAAUUUAACCUUUGAAAUAAAAUAAUUGAAAAUUUUAUUUUUUUAAAAAUAUCAAAGGUUGAAGAUGUGCGAUGAUGUUCUUCAGUUGUUUUUUUUUUUAUCUUAAAAGAAAAGAUUCAUUUUAAUCAACAGUAGUGCCCCAACUUCCAUCGAUACAACAAUGCCUUCGUCACAGCUUCUGUGUGCAUUCAAAAUUUGAGCUGGCACCCCCUUUCCCUGUCUUCUCACCAAGAGUGCAGUUAAGAGUUGAUGGUAUAGCUGUUUUGAACACUGGGGACUCUAUUGUUGCCUUACAGGUGAGCUUGUGAUGUUCAAAUAGUCAUCAUGUUUUUAUUACACAUGUUUAUUAAUUUAUCUGAUGCAUUGAAAGAAAAAUGUUUCAUCAGCAGAAAGACAAAGUUGCCAUUGUUUUUAAUUGACUUUCAAGUGCUAAAACCAUUCAAAUAUAAAAACUCAGUUUUAUUUAAAUUGUUUAAUGUGAAUCUCUAAAUUUAUCUUCAGCAUUUCUUUAGUUUACAAUAUAAAAAAGAACAAUACACCUAGUCUCUUUAUUACGAGGUGAAAUCAAGCAGACAAGAAUAUUUGUUUUACUUUUGAUUUCCUAGGUUGACACACAGCUUCCACUAAAUAGUUUUGAUACAGAAGGCAGGCUAGCCAUGGACCAGGAGGAGAUGCAAUCUAGAGCAGGUCUGGAAAAAGUGAUCUUGGGUGCAGAUCUCUCCAUAUUUGGUACUGUCAGCACAUAUUUCACAGAGCAGGAGGAGCCCUGCCAAGAUCUCAGUCCUAAGCAUAGAAAUAGCUCAGAAUCACCACUACUCAUUGAAGAGGAAGGGGAAAAUUUUUACUCCGCCGACAUUUCUGAACAAAGUGAUACAGAUCAGAGUGAAUCCAAGUCUACCAAAUCCAGCUGUGACAGAUCUCGUCUAUCAUGUGAGAAAUGCUUGUAUGGAAGCAGUGGUGGCAACUUGAAAACUGGUGCCAACUGUGGGUGCUCAGUUGUUCAAAACCAUAGGCCUGCGUUACGGACAAAAAACUUAAGUAAUGGCAACAACGAAGCAGCACUGCCUCUUAAAACAGGCCCAAGUCAUUUCCACACUAGUCACGAAUGUCUUUCUCCCAAGUCGCCACGAUCACCAAAAAGCUCAGGGUUCCCAGAUUCAGCCAACAGAGUGUCACUCCUCUUUGGCCAGUCCAACUCAAACACCCUAAAUGUUUCUACCAGUAUCUCUGUUAUGACCAGUGGUCAGUCAAGUGAAAAAGUGUCUGAUCUCCUUCAGUUGUCAGAAAAUAUAAUGUCCCCUCCAGCACCAGUAAUUCAAGUGAGUACAUUUUAUUUAGUUAUGUCAUUUUUAUUGUUUAAGGCAGGGGUUCAGUGUCAGGGGGAUGCAGGGAGACCCAGAAAAUCAGGUCUAUUUGUAUUUUUAUUUGCAUUUUCUAUCAAGGGGGCGUAGAAAUCUCUUUUGAAGUUGAGAGUGAGGUGUGGGAAAUGUUUUGAAAUCAAGAGUGGUUGCGUCAUUGCAAAAAGUAAAAGAAUCCUGAUUUAAGGAAAUACAUGAAGAAAACAAACUUUUUAAAGUAAUAUUGUAUGAUAUAUAUAUUUUUUUAAAAAUGUAACGUUGUCUUUCUCCUAGGUUCAAAGUCCCAGUAUUGAUGUCAGCAGUAACAGAAGCCAAACAGAGGCAGAUGAUCUUUCAUCCGUUCGUAAUUCAAUCCAGCGCUCUUUCUUUUCACCCAGCAGUAGUGCUGCAUCUGAUAGUCAAUCUCAGAGUUCAGAAAGUGUCAUAGUACAUACAACACAUACCCGCACUGUUACAUUCUCUGUCCGCAGAUUUUCCACUCAGGAUCAACAAGUAGAGGCAGAAUCUCCAAAUCCGGCUGAAGGUAAAAAAAAUAUAUAUAUCAAUUUGUUUCCAAUUUUAAAAAAUUUCUUAAUAAUCCUUCGUAAGCUUACUGCAAAAAUAUAUUAAUAUUUGACCAGACUGGUUUGAUUCCCCAUAAAAUGCUACUCUUUUUAAAUUUUUUAAUGUGAAAUUCCUUCUUUCGAUGUGUUUUAAUCAACACAUAGGAAAUUAUCUAGUUUCAUGAACUGCUUAUGUUUGUUGUAGAUCAUAAAAUGUAAUUAAUAAUUUUUUUUUUUUUUACAGAUGAUUAUGAUCUUGCAUACAAAAGUAUUUUGCCUGUUCAAGUUGUAUGGAACAAAAAGCCUUUGAACAUUAUCAGAACUGUUAGGAGUGAUAUGUCUCUGGUAAAUACAUAAAUAUUAUUCUUUUUCUGCCAUUGCUGGUUAUAUAUUUUAUUAGUAUAUAAUUAAUUUUAAUUUAUUUGUAAAUAAUGACAAAUACUUUAAUUAAACAUUGAUUAGCUUUAAUAAGUAAAUAAUAAAAAGUGUUUUAUUUUUAGAUAACAGUUCUUCAGAUGACUUUUGACAUUGAGCACUACAUGGUGGAAGCCAUACGUCGUGAUGCUGACUGGAGCCAAAGAUAUGUUGCAUUCUGCAAUUAUGAUCUUCAGAUUUUAGAUGUAAGUUAUUCUGUCAUUGAAUGAAUUUAUAGGAUCUACUAUUACCAGGUAAUACUUUUUUUUUUUUUUUUUAAUAAAUUUAAAAAAAAGCUUCUUUUUUAUGAUCAGUGCAACAUAGCAUAUUUAUAAUUUAUUUUUUUUGCCUUUUUAAGGUCUGCCCUAAUAGUCAAAGUGUGUAUGGAAUAGUGUAUGCCUUGAUACAAGCUAAAGAUUCUAUGGACCGCAGUAAAUUGAGGUAACACUGAUUCCUUUAAAUCAUAUCUUUAAAUAAUUUUGCGCUCCUGUAUAGAGAAAGUGAUUUAUCACAGAAACAAUUUAAAAAUGUACCUAUUUUGUUCAACUCUGUAAUCAAUUGCUGCAAAUCUAUUUUUGUAAAAGGAAAAGUAAGUUUAAAUUAUGCUGUAUUGUUAACUCUAUAGAAAUAAAUUUAUGGUCUUUAAUAAAUUUAUUUAUUUCUUAUGGUCAGCCUCGUUGAAUUACUGGAUAUAUUUUUAGUAAUUAAAGCAGUUUUCAUAAUAGUUUAGGAUUGGAUGCAUUCCCAGAGUUUGGUGAUUUUUUUUCAGUUCAUACUCAGUUGUCAUUUUCUUUAAUUUUUUUUGUGUCCAGCAAUUUUACAAUUUAUAGACAAAAGGUUACAAAUUUAUUGAAAGAAAUGGGAAACAAAUCUCUUAGUCUGGCCCAUAAAUGUUUACCAUCUUAGUUUUUUAUGUAUGGGUCAUCACCCAUGGAAUAUGUUUGCCUUUUUGUCAAAAGAUUUGUAUAUUUAAUCAAACUCUAAUAAUCCAUUGUAUAGUUCAUUCUAAAUAAAUUUCUGUUUUAUCUUCCAGUCGAAUGAUGGUGAAGUUGUAUCAGACACAGUUUACUUUUGUCUUCAAUUUAUGUACAGGUAAUAUUAAAUGUUGCUAUAACUUAAGAUCAGCUCUUUAAAGACAUAAUAUCUUAUUACAUGUAUGUUUUUUUUACAAAAUAAUUUGGAGUCUAAUAUUUAAAGUUGCUUCAUGGACAAAAUGAAAAAAACUGGGGAGACUACUUUUAAACAAAUCUUUUUUUUAAUUUUUUUUAAGGACCUUAUUAUAUUACAGAGGCUAUUUAAUAAUAAAAAAAAUUCAUCCCACUGUUUGAAUGAUUUCCAAAAUUACUAUAAAUACAUAUGCUCACGAAGGACCUGUUUUACAUACAUUAUUAUUACAUGAGUCUAAGUGUUGAACCUUUUUUUUUAAGUGGGAGUAAAAAAUAAUAUAUUACUGAGUCAUAUUAUUAGCCCAUUUAGAAAUUCUUUUCAAAGGUAUAUUUAAUUUUUGAAAAUGUCAGUAUGUUUCUUUUCUUUUAGGGUUAUAUUCCACACUUUUCAUUGAACCUUUAUCGGAGGUUGAUGAGAAAAUUCUCAGGGGGUAA